CGGCGCCCGGAGCUCGGAGCAGCGCCGGGGCCGCGCCGCAGCCGCAGCCGCAGCCGGAAAUCAGGCCCGCGCGGUGGCCGCCGGCCCGGCCCGAGCCGGGACCCGACGCCGGAGCCGGAGCCGGCCGAGCCCGCGCGGGUCAUGGCGGGGCCCCGGGGCGCGCUGCUGGCCUGGUGCCGCCGCCAGUGCGAGGGCUACCGCGGCGUGGAGAUCCGUGACCUGAGCAGCUCCUUCCGGGACGGCCUGGCCUUCUGCGCCAUCCUGCACCGGCACCGGCCCGACCUGCUAGACUUCGAUUCACUUUCCAAGGACAAUGUUUUCGAGAAUAACCGUCUGGCCUUUGAAGUGGCCGAGAAGGAGCUGGGGAUCCCUGCUCUCUUGGACCCCAGUGACAUGGUCUCCAUGAGCGUCCCCGACUGCCUCAGCAUCAUGACCUACGUGUCCCAGUAUUACAACCACUUCGCUAGUCCUGGCCAAGCCGGUGUCUCACCACCCAGAAAGGACCUGGCACCCUGCUCCCUGCCAUCUGUAGCGCCCACUCCAGCAGAGCCAGGAGACGGUGCUCAGGGCGAGCAGCUCUUGGGCAGCCUGUCGGAGCAGGGCACCCACCAGACCCCCAGCAGCACGUGCGCGGCCUGCCGGCAGCAUGUGCACCUGGUGCAGCGGUACCUGGUUGAGGGCAGGCUGUACCACCGGCACUGCUUCCGGUGUCGGCAGUGCUCCAGCACCCUCGUUCCUGGGGCUUACAGGAGUGGGCCUGAGGAGGGCACCUUUGUGUGUGCAGAACACUGUGCCAGGCUGGGCCCAGGGGCGCGGUUGGGAGCCAGACCAGCGCCCCCACAACAGCCAAAGCAGCAGCACCGGCAGCAACUUGCAGAAGAAACCAAGGACGUCCUGGGAGGCAGCCCCAGCCCCAGUGUGGCUGCAGGGGCAGAGGCAGAUGGACCCAAAGCCAGCCCCAAGGCCCGGCCCCAGAUCCCCACCAAGCCCCGGGUUCCUGGAAAGCCCCCGGAGCUGGCCAGCCCCCCGGCCAGCCGCCCCACACCUGCCCCCAGGAAAGCCUCCGAGAGCACAGCCCCGACGCCCCCCACGCCGCGCCCCCGCUCCAGUCUACAGCAGGAGAACUCGGUGGAGCAGCCGGCAGGCAGCAGCCUAGUGAACGGAAGACUGCACGAACCACCUGUCCCCAAGCCGAGAGGGACACCCAAGCUGUCUGAGGGGACGCCAGCUCCCAGGAAGGACCCCCCGUGGAUCACGCUGGUGCAGGCAGAGCCAAAGAAGAAGCCAGCCCCUCUCCCCCCCAGCAGCAGCCCUGCACUGCCAAGCGGGGACAGCAGGCAGGUGGAGAAUGGUGGCGUGGCGGAGGUGGCCCAGCUGAGCCCAGCGGCCAGCCUGGAGCCCAAGCCCUAUAACCCCUUUGAGGAGGAGGAGGAAGAAGAGUCCCAGGCUGCACCCAGCCUAGCCACCAGCCCUGCCCCGGCCCACCUGGAGUCCACACCCAAGUCCCUGCACCCCUGGUACGGCAUCACCCCCACCAGCAGCCCCAAGACAAAGAAGCGCCCUGCCCCCCGCGCACCCAGUGCCUCUCCGCUCGCUCUCCACGCCUCCCGCCUCUCACAGUCGGAGCCACCCUCGGCCACGCCGUCGCCAGCCCUAAGCGUGGAGAGCCUGUCAUCGGAGAGCUCCAGCCAGACUGCUGGUGGGGAGCUUCUGGAGCCGCCAGCUGUGCCCAAGAGCUCCUCAGAGCCUGCUGUCCAUGCCCCUGGCACCCCUGGAAACUCUGCCAGCCUCUCUGCCAACUCCUCCCUGUCCUCCUCUGGGGAGCUGGUGCAGCCCAGUGUGGCCCAGAUGCCUGGAGCCAGCCCUGGCCUCGCCCCCAAGACCGGGUGCAGCCCAGCUCCCCCGCCGGCCAAGCCCUGCAGUGGUGCUACCGCAACCCCUCUCUUGUCGGUUGGAGACAAGUGCCCUGUGCCUCCCCCUGGAACCUCGUCCCCACAGCUGCAGCUCAAGUCUUCCUGCAAGGAGAAUCCUUUUAACCGGAAGCCAUCACCUGCAGCCUCCCCAACCACAAAGAAGGCCACCAAGGGAUCCAAGCCAGUGCGGCCACCUGCCCCAGGACACGGAUUUCCUCUCAUCAAACGCAAGGUCCAGGCUGACCAGUACAUCCCCGAGGAGGACAUCUAUGGAGAGAUGGACACCAUUGAGCGCCAGCUGGAUGCCCUGGAGCACCGUGGGGUCCUGCUGGAGGAGAAGCUGCGUGGAGGCGCGAAUGAGGGCCGUGAGGAUGACAUGCUGGUGGACUGGUUCAAGCUCAUCCAUGAGAAGCACCUGCUGGUGCGGCGAGAGUCCGAGCUCAUCUAUGUCUUCAAGCAGCAGAGCCUGGAGCAGCGCCAGGCUGACGUCGAGUACGAGCUCCGGUGCCUGCUCAACAAGCCAGAAAAGGACUGGACAGAGGAGGACCGGGGCCGGGAGAAGGUGCUGAUGCAGGAGCUUGUGACCCUCAUCGAGCAGCGCAACGCCAUCAUCAACUGCCUGGACGAGGACCGGCAGAGGGAAGAAGAGGAAGACAAGAUGUUGGAAGCCAUGAUCAGGAAGAAAGAGUUCCAGAAGGAGGCUGAACCCGAGGGCAAGAAGAAGGGGAAGUUCAAGACCAUGAAGGUGCUGAAACUGCUAGGAAACAAACGUGAUACCAAGAGCAAGUCCCCCGGGGACAAGAGCUAACAACGAGGGAAGCCAGCCAGGAACUGCCACCACUCCUGGACCAGCCCCUGGGUUGUGCUCUGCCAGGAGGGGGUCACCUGCCUCCCUCAGAACAGUCCAGAGGAAAGGCGACUUACGGGAAGGCAGCCUCCAGGUGACGGCCUCUCCCUCCUCAGGGUCCUCCAGCUAGACUGGGCCAAAGAAUCCUCUUCCCUCCUCUCUGAGCCCCAGGCAGCUGUGACUCACCCCUCCCUGUCUGAUUCUAAUGACUCCCGAUGCUGUGACUGACCCGAGGGGCAAACAGAGUCCCAGUGUCCAGAGAGGAGCAGCAGCCAAGCACGUCUGCCCCCUCGUCCUGCCCAGCCCCUGCCGUGAUGGGGCAGCUGCUUGGUCCCUCUUCCCUCUGUGCCACAUCCAGAUGGGAUUCUUGGCUGUCAGAGUUCUGCCCGUGGUGACCUCUGGCCUGGGUCACCCGCCUCCAGGGUUCUGUUCCUCUUGGCAGGCCAGCAAGCAGAGCUCGGCGACACUGGCUUCCUCCUGCCCUAGCCCUGGCUCCAAGUCUCUGUCUUCCUGUCCAGUGUGGGCGCCCCUGAAUUCCAGGGUCUCCUCACUCAGGAGCUCAUUUGUGAAGUGUCUCGUUAAGUUUGGGUUCGCUACUGAGUGGUCUGUGCUGUCAGACACCAUGGCUGCCAUGGCCCUCAAGGCAGAUCCUGCCCUCCCUCUCUUCCUCAGAGUUCUAGGGGCACUUCCCUCAUCUCCCCUCAUUGCAUGGGGCACCUCAUCUCCCAGGGCUGUGAUGGCCGUGCUGGGGCAAGUGGUGCCUGCGGGACUCCCCCGGUGCUGAGUCCCCCAGGAAGGGCCUCUGGUUCCUGAUCAUCAGCCUAGGGACGGUGCUAUCCUGGCUCUUUAACUUGUAUGUAGUCUGACCCUUAAUGUAGGCUUCCUCCCUCCCCCACACCAGGGUCAGGGGGUGGGGGCCCGUGCCCAUUUGUGGUCACUGCUAGUCUGUCUCCUCCCCCCAUCGCAUUUCCACCUGAGGACUGACAGCCACUCGCCCCACUGGGAUGGCUGUAGGAGAGGAGGAGAGAUGGGGACAACCCCUUUUUCCCCAGGGAACUCGCCCAGCAGCCCUUUGUCAAAGCACUGUUACUAUAAGCUAUCUCUGGGACGCCACUAGGCCUCCUUCCCUCAACACACCUCUGGGAAAAGAUCACACUGUAUUAACUUGCGAGAAUUUUCCUCACCAACAAUAAACGGAGACAACCUCAGCUGCCAGUGCCCUGCAGCCUCAGGCCACGGCCACGUCUGCCUUCCUCUGCCACGCCUCGUGGCUGGGCAUCUCUGGGUGCCCAGAGGGCCCAGGCCCAUGUUGGGGCUGUCCUCCCAGAGGGACCUUGACCCUUGCUGCCUGCCACUGGGCAGCAUCCUCUUCCUCUGCAGGGAGGCUGUGUGGCCCCUGGCGGCCUCCUUCCAAACAUGCCUGUUGACCUGGAGCUGGGGCCACCAACGCCAAGGCCUUUCUGGGGCCAGGCAGGUAACAUGUGAACCGGGCCAGAUGUAACCCGAAGGGUGGCUCCGAUAGGCUGUUUUGGUGUUAGCAGACAAGGGUGGUUGGAGCCGGGGUGAACUGGAGUGUCUGCCACAGCUCAAGGGGACAUUCUCUCUCACUCAAGUCAGUGGUAGCCUCUGGAAAUGAAUGCGGGCCCAGUGUUGCCAGAUGUUUUCCAUUUUUCAUAACAAGCUGGAAAUCCAGCUUUUGUGUGUAAUUUGUAAAUGUUGACAAAUAAUUUGAAUUUAACAAUAGGCAGAUACCAAGGUUAUCAAGGUUGUGCAGAAUUUGUCCUGGGGUUGUCCAUUUUGCUGCCAUGUGGUGGGGUCUUUGAGGUGGAGGACAGCUGUUCCCAUCAUAUCGUACCCUCUGCCCUCAGGUUCCCGAGGGUGUGUGGGCACAGGCUUCCCAUGCGACAUUCCUGAGCCAGCCUUGAUCUGGGCCUCUCCACUCACAGGGCCAUGUUUACUCUGCAAACCAAAACGUGGGUCAUGUGACCUGAUAGGAUUGUGCGACUCUCUCCAGGUGCAGGAGACAGGGUUGGUUCCAAAAUAUUUUGGUGAUGUAUGGAGAUAGGAAAAUGACAGAGCACUGGAGAAGGCUCAUGGGUGCCAGAAGCCAGAGGGAAGGGGACCAGUGAACUGUGUACCAGGCCAGGGGUGGGGGCUGCUCACCUUGUCAGGUGACUCUUAAAGGGCCUCACAGAUGGGCAAACGGGCGCUGAGGCUGUGGGUUCUGCCCAAGGUAACACGGCACGUGCUGGGCUUGGAACUCCAAAGCCAGGGCUCUUUCUGUCUGGACCCUUUGUGCUUCCUCCCACCCUUUGUGUUUCUUUCCGUGCGUCAUGGGUUUAGUGGACAUACAUAAAGCUAACCGUAAUCCUGAGUCGGCUACUUGCUAGUUAAAUGCCCUUGGUUGGAGUAUCUUGGUGAGCCUUAGUUUUCAUGGAGGAAUAAGGAACCAUCCCAGUUUAUUGAGAUAACUGAGAGUGAAAUUCAGCACCUCCACAGUGCCCAGCCAUGGGGCACUCCAGAGCAGGGGUUCCCACUUCCACUUGAAAUGUGCAAAGAGGUAGCUAGAAGCCAUCUGUGCUUGACAAAUUCUACCUCCUUGGACAAAUAAGCCUUAUCCCUCUGAAAACAAAAUAGUACAUGUAAUGACCCAUGUUAAAUGUGGUUUAUUGCCAGUUAAUCAUCGUGGUUGAACAUUUGCCAAACGUGGUAAGAAGUCAAGUAGAUCUAGAGACAGGUUGGGAGAAAGGAAUUGAAAUCAUUCCUAAGUUCAGAAAACUAAAUGGGCAGGACACACAGGCUGGAGGCGGCGGGAAGAGGGCCUGGUGGGUGCCUUUAGACACACGUCUGGGGUGGGGGAUUGGGCUUCGCUUUCACUGUGGAUGGGAUGGGACUCUUUCCCCUAGAAAAGACUCGAAGUCUGUGUCUGUGACUGGGAGCGCGGAGGCUCCAACAGCUGACCUCUGUGGGCAGGGCUAGGCUGCUGUGUAUGCGCCGGGGAACCGCGGGCCAGGGCAGUGCUGUGUGACCAUUUGACAUGGCUGGGCUGAUCUGGGGAUGAGCCUUCUUGGCAAAGGGGUGGACUCAAGGUUGGGCUACCCUGCCCCUGUCCCUGCAGGCAGAUUAAGAGGUGGCAAGAGCCUUCCUAAGUUUCUCACUCCGCUUGUGGUCAAUGUCUUCCAUCUCCCGUAGUUUCUGCAAAGGACACCAGGGAAACCAGUAUUAGAGGCAGAAACCGGAGGAGCUGUCACAGAUGUGAGCUAGAGCUUGACUCCUGAACCCCACAGGCAUGGCUGGCCCUUGACUUCUACUCAAACUCAUGGUGGGCCCCUCCCUUCCCCACUUCCCUGGUGGUUUUUUCUACCUGGGAGAUUUCUGCUAGGAUGAUUCCUCGGUACUGCUUGCCCUGUCCCAGGGCCUCCAUGUCAGCCAGGAAGUCUCUCCUGUCCUGGAUUUCCUUCACCACUGAACGGUGGAGAAGGCUGUCAGCACAUGGGGCUGUGAGGGUGCGGGGCAGCAGAUGCCCCUCUCGGGGAGAGGAAGCGCUCUAUUGUCAAAAUGGUGUUUCUCACUUCUUGGCCCUCAGGGAUCCCCCCCAUCCAAUCCUGGGCCACUCCACACAUUGUCCUCACCCACCUGCAUGACUGGCCCCUGGGUGACUUACACUCUUCAAACCGGUCCAGCUCAGGGGCUGGGUCCUCCUGUGGCACAGGAGGGGCCUUUCUUUUCCGCUCCUCUGGGUCCUUCCCAGUGGCAAGGAUACUUUGGAGUCUUCGCUUCUCCUUCUCCAGAUCUCCUGCAGGGUCGGGAAAUGGCCUAUGUAGGUUGUGAAGGUUGCCCCCUCAUGGUCUGUGUCCCCAGUUGCACAAGCCUGCUGCAAGUUCCAGCCAUGCGAACAGGGCUCCUGCAGCCCCAGCCUCUUCCACCCUGGGUACACCUGAGCGUAGCAUGUGAAGAUAGGCGGGAAGAGGUUGAAAGAACCAGGAAAAGGGCUUUGUCAUAACCCACACACUGCUUUGGUGCACAGCAGGGCUGAGAAAGCUCGGGAACCUCCUAGGGCCUCUGAUGCCUGGAGUGGCAACCUGUGCGUAGAGCGUGUGGGGAGAUGUUAGGAGCAUCUGGGCCAAAAGUUACGUCCGAUGGCAAGUGGGAAGAGGGGACGAAUGGCUCCAUGAAGUGGGCUAGAGAGCAGAGGAGCUCAAUUCCAGGGGCCACGUGAGGGCAAGAGAACAGUGGCCUUGAGGCCUGAGAGCCAAAGGAUUACCAGGGACUCGUAGAAUCCAGUUAGUCAUGAGCGUUCUGCAGAAUGAAAAAGGAGGACCGCCUAAUUGGUUUCCCUGCACCCUGAACACCCCCAAGCUAACAUGUGCCACGGCUGAAGAACAUGAGUUCUUCAUGAGUAUGAAAAGCAUUAGAAUAUGGUUAGCUACCUGCACACCUGCCCUGGGGGCUGCUAGUCCCUGUCCCCACCCAGGGAGAUGGGUGAGAGGCCCCAGCAGAGGCCGUCUCACUCACGGGUGGCUUGAGGCCUGAACUGCUCCCGGCUGUAGGCUCCGUUGGCUCGGCACACGCUGGCGGGCCGCAGGUGGGAGUGGGCCGCCAGGAUGGGAGGCAGGUAGAUGGGCGAGGCUGGCUGCUUGGAAGGGAAGACCCUCUGGCUGGAUGUUGGGCUGCACUGUAGAGGCAAAGUGUCUCCUCCUGCGGGGAAGAGUCGGGAUGGAAGGACCUCGCUGGCUUUUGUUUUUUUUUUAAAUAAAAGUGAUGCCUGCCUGUUAUAACAAGUACAAUAGUACAGAAGAUUUUCCCUUCUCCAAUCCCACCGCCUACAAUGAGCAGUGGUAACAAUUUGGUGGGCACUUUUCUUACUUUUUGAUGCUUAUACAAACAUGUUCAAAGAUAAAUGUGCAUAUUUUAUAUAUGCAUAUAAGAUUCUUUUUUCAAACACUGGAUCAUACUGUAAUGUAUUCAAUAACAGACUCUCCAGUUAACAAUUUAUCUUGGACAUCUUUCCAGAUCAAUCCACUUAUAUUUAACUUAUUUUUUAUAGCUAUAUACUACUUCUUAGAAUGGAUACAUUAUUUAUUCAGCUAGCCUCCUAGUUUUAGAAAUUCAGGUUGUUUCCAGGCUUUUCUGUUUGUUUUUUACUACUACAAACAAUGUUGCAAUAAACAUUCUUGUACAUCA